AUGCGGCAGCAGCAGCUUCCAUUAGGGAGUCUGAGCGUCUCUGAACUUGGCCGCGCUCAUCUGCCACCAGGGCUUCCAAUCCCACCACGUCUUCAGCUGCUGGUAACCCUCCGCUACUAUGCCACUGGGAGCUUCCAGCUUGACAUGGGGGACUGCUGUGACAUGUCGCAGCCCAGUGUAUCUACCUGUGUCAAGACUGUGACCAGUGCAAUCUGCCAGCUAGCAGGGGACUACAUAAAGUUCCCCAGUCCUGCUGAAGAACAGGAUGUCAUGCGACAAUUUGCCGAGGUAGCUGCCAUGCCCGGAGUUAUUGGAUGUGUAGAUGGUGUACACAUCCCAAUCAUCAGUCCAGGUGGAGAAGAUGCAGAACUUUACCGCUGCAGGAAAGGCUUUUUUUCAUUGAAUAUAAUGGGGGUCUGCAACUCAUCCAUGCUCUUCACAAAUCUGGUCGUGAACUGGCAAGGUAGUGCACAUGAUGCCCGCAUCUUCAGUGAGUCUGUUUUGUGUGCUACUCUGGAGGGAGGGCAGUACAGAGGAUACUUGUUGGGGGAUUCGGGCUAUGCCUGUAAAAGCUACCUUUUAACUCCCAUUCGAAUUCCUCGUACUGUUAAGGAGAGGCAUUACAAUGCCUCUCACAUCAAAACAAGGAACCUGAUCGAGAGAACGUUCGGGAUUUGGAAAAAAAGAUUUGCUAUUCUCUCAAAGCCAAUGAGAACAGCACUCUCAACAUCAAAAAAAAUUGUGACUGCAUGUGCCAUCCUGCACAAUAUUGCAAUCCUCAACAAACUCCCCAUUGACAUGCCAGAAGAAGAACUUGAGCCCAUCAACAUAGACAUACUUGCAGAGGAUGAUGUAGGCACUGGAAAUGCUCGCAGAGCUUCCAUUGUUGAGAGAUUCUUUUAG